CUGUGCGGUCAUAGCAGAAAAGUAAUUACGGACUCAAAUCACGUACGUAGUAUGCCGGCCAGCCUCAAACGUAGCAGACGCACAUACACCGCAUAUUGCUUAUAAUAUAUAUACAUAAAACGAAACCCCAGCAAAGAUGCGCGCACUGAAACGCUUCAGAUUGAUAACAUUCGAUGUAACAAAUACGCUGCUGCAAUUUCGCACCAGUCCGGGCAAACAAUAUGGCGAGAUUGGUGCGCUCUUUGGAGCGCGCUGUGAUAACAAUGAGCUCGCCAAGAAUUUUAAGGCCAAUUGGUACAAAAUGAAUCGCGACUAUCCAAACUUUGGGCGUGAAACCACGCCCCAAUUGGAGUGGCAGCGCUGGUGGCGUCAGCUGAUAUCAGGCACUUUUGCGGAAAGUGGCGCUGCCAUACCCGAGCACAAGCUGGACAACUUUAACAAUCAUCUGCUGGAGCUAUACAAGACCACAAUUUGCUGGCAGCCCUGCAAUGGCAGCGUGGAGCUGUUGCAACAAUUGCGUAAAGCUAAUGCCACAGGAACGCCACUGAAAGUGGGUGUUAUAGCCAAUUUCGAUCCACGCUUGGCUGCGCUGCUGCACAACACUAAGCUGGAUAAGUACUUGGACUUUGCGCUCAACUCCUAUGAAGCUAAAGCGGAAAAGCCACAAGCGGCCAUAUUUGAAAGCGCCAUGGCUGUGGCAGGCUUAAGCGACCUUAAGCCAGAGCAGUGUCUGCAUAUCGGUGAUGGUCCAACCACAGAUUAUUUGGGCGCCAAGCAACUGGGCUGGCAUGCGGCGCUGGUGCAUGAGAAGAGUUACACAUAUUUGGUCAAGAAGUACGGCGAGCAAAUCAAGCGUGAGCACGUUUUUCCAAGUCUCUAUGAUUUUCACAGAAAGUUGAGCGACGAUGCAGUAAUUUGGUAGAUUAUAGAAAUAAACAAUUUAAAUAAA